AUGGGUCCUCUCUGUGUACAGCAGGCGCAGCCUGUCCUGGAUGGCAGCGGGGAGAGUGUGUGCGGGAGUCACAGGCUAUCUCAGAUCCCCUUCCAGAUCCUGAGAGGACACGGAGGUGCGGUGAGCAGCUGUCACUUCUGCUGCCAGGAUACAAAACUUCUAACGUGCUCACAUGACCAAACCGCAAAACUCUGGGAUCUUUCUACCAACACUUCCAUCCGUGACUAUGGAGGAGAGCACACGGCUCCUAUUUCACAGUGCAGCCCAACACGAGAUGACAGAAGAAUGGUCACAUCAUCCUAUGACAAAACCGUCAAGUUCUGGGAUCUGGAGACUGGGAAAGUUCUGUGGUCGGUGAGCUUGGACGGUCUGGUGACAUCCUGUAAUGUUUCGGGUGACGGAAAGCUUGUGGUAUGCAGUGUGGAUGUGGACAAUGCAAUGUGCAUCAUCGACUCUGCCAGCGCCUCCAAAGUUCUCCAUAUUAAAGACCAGCACACAUCCACCAUAACCCGAUGCUGCUUUGACCCCGAGAGCCAGAGGAUUUGUUCAGUGUCAUCAGACAGAGCCGUAAAACUAUGGGAUGUGAUCGCCCAGCGUACCACCCUCAAAAUAAACGGGGCGCACGGCAACGUUAUUUCAGACUGCGGCUUCAGUAACAACGGACGCCUAAUCUGCACGGCCUCCUGGGAUAAGAGUAUAAAACUCUGGGAUGUGAACGGCGGAGAGUACCGCCGCCGAGCACCAGAUACCCUCCACGCACACAGCGGAUCUGUCAGCUCCUGUGCAUUUUCGGAAGACGGCUCCACCCUGGUAUCCGGGGGAUACGACAGAACCAUCGUUGUGUGGGAUGUGAAUUCGGCGUGCAAGAAGCUCGUCCUUAAGGGUCACACGGAUUGGGUGCUGGACGUGGCGAUGAGCACCAAUCAGAAAUGGAUUCUGUCUGCGUCAAAGGACUCUACGCUAAGACUGUGGAAUAUAGAGAACUGCGAGGAGAUCCCGGCCGUGAUCCAGAACAAGAAGGCGAUUGGUCCUCGGCCUGCCCAGUGUGAAGAAUGCCAGAAGCCUUUUCCCAUCAUGCACUGGGACAAUGCCAACGUCAUCCGCAGGUGUGUUUUUUGUCGCCUUUUUAAACCCUCCAGAGACAUAAUUCACCCCGAACCUCCGACCGACCCUACAACAAUGGAAUAA